AGGCACAUCAAAGGAUCUGUACAGGGGAAGAGAUGUAUAAAUGCUUUUAAUAUGGAAAAAGCUUUAAGCAGAGUUCAACUCUUUCUGUGCAUGAAAGGAUCCAUACAGGGAAGCCAGGCUACAAACAGGCUUUUUAUGGGGACAUGCAGAUAGGCUCACACGCACGUCCGUUCCUCCUCUCCUCUAGAUUCAAGGACCUGGCUCUCAUUCCCAAGAUGGCCGAGAAUGCGCUCUGCAGCCUGGGCUUGUCCAUUGGCCUUCUGGGCAUCAUCGCUGGCCCCAUCAUCUUCAUCAAGGCCCUGAGGAUGAAAGAGGGCAGCAACCAUCGCAGGGGCCCAAUCCACAUCGCACUUUUGGCUCAUAUUCAUCUUGUGAUCAAUGACAAUUCCAAGAUCCUUCUCGCAUGUCGUAUUGGAUACAUCUUGGGGGUCAAGUCUGAGGGAGAACCAUCUGAAGUAUCACAGGAAAAAGCUGAGGAGCAGCUGCAGGAGCAGAAACUGAGGAGUCAAGAUGGAGCAAAGAGACAAGAGGAGAGAGAGACUCACACAGGGGACAAACCUUAUCAGUGCUUGGAGUGUGGAAAGAACUUCAGGUGGAGUAGUAACUUUACUCAACAUCAAAGAACUCACACAGGAGACAAACCUUAUAAAUGCUUGGAGUGUGGAAAGAGCUUCAGUGACAAUAGCAACCUUACUUCACAUCAAAGAAUUCACACAGGGGACAAACCUUAUGAAUGCUUGGAGUGUGGAAAGACCUUCAGUGUCAAUAGCAACCUUACUUCGCAUCAAAGAACUCACACAGGGGACAAACCUUAUCAAUGCUUCGAGUGUGGAAAGAGCUUCAGUCAGAGUAGCACCCUUCGCAUCACAGAAUGUAUACAGGAGACAAACUUUAUAAAUAUUUGGAGUGUUGAAAGACCUUUGAUCAGAAUGGCUACCUUCAGGCACAUCCAAGGAUCUGUUCAACGGAAGAGAUGUAUAAAUGCUUUGAGUGUGGAAAAAACGUUAAGCAGAGUUCAACUGUUUCUGUGCAUCAGAGGAUUCAUACAUGGAAGCCGGGCUACCAACAGGAUUUUUAUGGGGAGUUUCAGACCCCCGACAAUAAUUCAACAUAGCUGUGCAUUUCACGGAGGAGGAGUGGGUCUGAUGGAUCCGGGCCAAAGAGCUCCGCACAGGGAAGCCAUGGAGGAGAAUUAUGAGAUUGGAGCCUCUUUCAAAUCGGAGCUCAAUUCCCGUUUGGAAGAUGGAGAGGAUCUUCUUCAGGUUCCCAAAGAGGAGGAGACCUCAGCAGAACGAGACCUCACUUCAUGUAAGGAAGAAGGAGAAAGUCUGUUUAUCCAGGUCCCCAAAGAAGAGGAGGAGACCUCAGCAGAGCUAGGCCUCAUUUCCUUUUCGGAAGGAGGAGAAGAAGAAGAUCCACUUAUCCAGGGUCUCAAAGAAGAGGAGGCGGAGACAUCAGCAGAACCAGACCUCAUUUCCUGUUGGGAAGAAGGAGAAGAUCCGGUGAUGCAGGAACCCAAAGAAGAGGAGGAGACCUCAGCAGGAUACAUCUGGGGUGUCAAGGCUGAAGGAGAAACAUCUGAAGUAUCACUGGAAAAAGAUGAGGAGCAGGAGCAGAAACUGAGGAGUCAAGAUGGAGCAAAGAGACAAAAGGAGAGACAAAGUCACACCGGCGACAAACCUUAUCAAUGCUUGGAGUGUGGAAAGAGCUUCAGGUGGAGAAACGCCCUUACAGUGCAUCAAAGAACUCACACAGGGCAGAAACCCUAUAAAUGCUUCAUGUGUGGAAAGAGCUUCAGAUGCAGUAGCACCUUUACUCAUCAUCAAAGAACUCAUACUGGGGAGAAACCUUAUAAAUGCUUUGAGUGUGGAAAAAGCUUCGGUGACAGUAGCAACCUUACCUCACAUCAAAGAACUCACACAGGAGACAAACCUUAUAAAUGCUUGCAGUGUGGAAAGACCUUCAGGUGGAGUAGCACCUUUACUCAUCAUCAAAAAACACACACCGGGGAGAAACCUUAUAAAUGCUUCGAGUGUGGAAAGAACUUCACGUGGAGAAGCGCCCUUACAUUGCAUCAAAGAACUCACACAGGGCAGAAACCCUAUAAAUGCUUCAUGUGUGGAAAGAGCUUCAGAUGGAGUAGAACCUUCACUCAUCAUCAAAGAACUCACACUGGGGAGAAACCUUAUAAAUGCUUGGAGUGUGGAAAAAGCUUCAGUGACGGUAGCAUCCUUACCUCGCAUCAAAGAACUCAUACAGGAGACAAACCUUAUAAAUGCUUGCAGUGUGGAAAGACCUUCAGGUGGAGAAGCAACCUUACAUCGCAUCAGAGAACUCACACAGGAGACAAACCUUAUAAAUGCUGGGAGUGUGGAAAGAGCUUCAGUCGGAGUACCACCCUUACUUCACAUCAAAGAACUCACACAGGGGAUAAACCUUAUAAAUGCUUGGAGUGUGGAAAGACGUUCAGGUGGGGUAGCCACCUUACUUCACAUCAAAGAAUUCACACGGGAGACAAACCUUAUGAAUGCUUUGAGUGUGGAAAGAGCUUCAGUCAGAAUAGCACCCUUACUUCGCAUCAAAGAACUCACUCAGGAGACAAACCUUAUAAAUGCAUCGAGUGUGGAAAGAGCUUCAGUCAGAAUAGCACCCUUACUUCUCAUCAAAGAACUCACACAGGGGAUAAACCUUAUAAAUGUUUCAAGUGUGGAAAGAGCUUCAGUCACAGUAGCGGCCUUACUUCGCAUCAAAGAAUUCACACAGGGGGCAAAACUUAUAAAUGCUUUGAGUGUGGAAAAAGCUUCAGUCAGAGUAGCGAACGUACUUUGCAUCAAAGAACUCACACAGGAGACAAACCUUAUAAAUGCUUGGAGUGUGGAAAGACCUUCAGUCAGAGUAGUCAUCUUACUUCGCAUCAGAAAACUCACACAGGGGAUAAACCUUAUAAAUGCUUUGAGUGUGGAAAGACCUUCAGUCAGAGUGGCACCCUUACUUCUCAUCAAAGAAAUCACAGAGGGGACAAAUCAUAUAAAUGCUUGGAAUGUGGAAAGAGCUUCAGUCGGAGUAGCACCCUUACUUUGCAUCAAAGAACUCACACAGGGGACAAACCUUAUAAAUGCUUGGAGUGUGGAAAGAGCUUCAGUCAGAGUGGCCACCUUACUUUGCAUCACAGAACUCAUACAGGGGACAAACCUUAUAAAUGCUUGGAGUGUGGAAAGAGCUUCAGUCGGAGUGGCAAACUUACUUUGCAUCACAGAACUCAUACAGGGGACAAACCUUAUAAAUGCUUGGAGUGUGGAAAGAGUUUCAGGUGUAGUAGCAAACUUACUUUGCAUCACAGAACUCAUACAGGGGAAAAACCUUAUAAAUGCUUGGAGUGUGGAAAGAGCUUCAGUCGGAGUAGCAAACUUACUUUGCAUCACAGAACUCAUACAGGGGAAAAACCUUAUAAAUGCUUGGAGUGUGGAAGGAGCUUCAGUCGGAGUAGCAAACUUACUUUGCAUCACAGAACUCAUACAGGGAACAAACCGUAUAAAUGCUUGGAGUGUGGAAAGAGCUUCAGUCGGAGUAGCUACCUUACUUUGCAUCACAGAACUCAUGCAGGGGACAAACCUGAUAAAUACUUGGAGUGUUGAAAGACCUUUCGCCACAAUGGCUACCUUAAGGCACAUCAAAGAAUCCGAUCAAGUGAAGAGAUGUAUAAAUGCUUUGAAUGUUGAAAAAGCCAGAAAUGUUGUUGAAAGGUGUGUGAUCCUGGUUGAAAUGUGUAGCAUGGGCUGCUUCAGAAGGUGGCUAUCUCCCCUUCCUGUAAAGGGUUUUAAGCAGAGGCUGGAUGCUCCCCCCACCUGCACCCAGGGACAGAUUCACCACCCCAAGUCAGGGAUAGGCUAGAUGACCUUUGAUGUCCCUUCCAGGACUAAAAGAGGAAUAAAAGGGACCCUCCUCCUCUGUCAUUCAGAGCAGUCUAGGACUGAAGGAUGCACAUCCAGCAUCUACACCGAUGGAAGUAGGAUACUUGAAACCAGACCAGAACAAUCAACCCUGGGAAGACAACGAAAGCUACAGACAAGCUAUAGGAAAACUCCUGUACAUCGGCGCAAUAACCAGACCAGACGUGGCGGAAGCACUGGGAUACCUUCGCAGAAAAACCAGCUCGCCAACCAAGGAAGGCUGUGAAGCAUUGAAGAGAGUGGCAAGAUAUCUGAAAGGCACCGUAAAAGUAAAACUAAAGCUAUCAGCUACUCAAGAUCCUAAGCUUCUCGGAUACUCUGAUGCUGACUGGGCUGGAGACGUCAAAGAUCUCAAGUCAACCAGCGGAAAUCAGUUCUACUAUGGGCAGUCACUUAUCUGCUGGAGAAGUCGAAAGCAAGACACUGUAGCACACUCAUCUACAGAGGCAGAUUAUGUAUCAACUGAUGAAGCAUGCAAGGAAAUGCUGUGGCUACGCAAGCUUCUGGGAGACUUGGGCAUAUCUGAACCAGAGCCUAUCAGAAUACUUGAGGACAAUCAAGCUUGCAUAAGUCUUGUGGAAUCAGAAGGACAAAGUUUUCGGGUGAAGCACAGCAAAGUUCCACUACCUAAACGACAUCUAGAUGUGAAGUUCCACUACCUAAAGGACUUCUAGAGAUGACCUACCCUUCAACAGAAGAGAUGACAGCUGAUGCAUUUGCCAAGCUGUUGGGCAAACUGUGACACCAGAAGCUAUGAGGCAAGAUGGACCUUGCAGAGUGAACUAAGUUCUUGUUGAGAAGGGGUGUUGGAAUAUGUGGUUCAACUCAACUGGACUGCAUGGGGUUAAAAAGGGUAGCUAGGGAGGAGACCUGAUUGCUAGGCUACUACCUCUCCUUUGAUCUCCUGCUGUCUCUCCCUUCCUGCUAGACUGAUAUUCUCAGGGUGUUGACUACAUCUUUCGGCUUCUUCUUCUUCUUUCUCCUGAGAGACAGAGAUCUGGAUCUUCUCUUUGUCUGCUCUCUCUUCAUACAGCAUGAGGGCAAACACUAGGCUUAGUGUUUGCAUCUCCAACUUUGCUGGUUAGCUAGAUGUAGAACUCUUUCCUAUCAAGUAUGUACCUCCAGAAUAAAGUAGUUCUUUCUUAUUUUGAAGCUUAAAGUCUCAGUCUGACUAAUUCCAAGGAAGGUGUAAUAUUUAGCCAGGAUUCAAAACACAAAGCUUACUCAGAUGCUAUAUUUCGCUAAUUUGGCUACUCUGCAACAGCUACAACUCAGAAGAAGCCACGGCAAGGCUGUGAAUCUGCGGCUAGAUUGAAGUGGGUCGGGGCAGACUGUGAUGUUCCUGCUUAUAUUGUAAAUAUGGUAAGUGCUGGUUAUAUAGAAGACAUAUGGUAAGUGGAGUGAAAGAGGAGGGGGAGUACAUGAGCAGUAGAAUGCUGGAUGAUUGGCUGAGUGUUUGAAUGGCUGGGAGUAUAAAUGGAAGAAUGACAGUUGAAUCGGGGUGGUGAAUUGGGAGGUGGUGAAUUGGGUGGUGAAUUGAGGAGGUGGAUGGUGUUUGGUGUUGUUGAGAGUGAGUCGGAGUUCUGAGGCAAUUAGUAAGAAGUCAAGUACAUA